CUUGUGAAGGUAGUGAUGACCAAGGAACAUCAAGACACAAAACAUUACUAUGAUUAAUUAUGCUACAACCUCCAUUAAUAAACAUCCUUCAGUAUACAUGUUUACUUUAGAGGGCGCCCAUAUCAUGGACUGUGUACAUGCACUUCAAGCUUUGUUGACACUGCUGUUUUGGGGAAGAGAAAAGCAAAGAAUAAACAGGCCUUUGUAUGAAAAGAAAUGAAUUGAUGUCUAGAUAGUGGCCUGUGAGUUACAAUUUAGCUGCUCACUUUUAAACUCUUAUAGUCAUAGUCAUGAGUGUUAUCCUCGCUAAAUAAUGUUUUAUUUAUUUAUUUAUUUUUUUUAAGCUAGCAGCCAGUAAUGACAUCCUAUGUAAAUAGUUCAAAUUCCUAAUUGGUCAUGCUGAAGUUGCAGUAGCAGACCGGCAGGCCGCGAUAAUGCGCUGUUUCAGACGUAAUGAUCCAUCCAUCUGUCUCACUGAGGCAAACGAUGUGUUGCAUGACGAAAAAAGUCACCCCCUCAGUGAGGAGGACUUCUUUGAAAAUGGGUGGGACAAUACUACUUUACACUUUAGCCUGAGUGGAUACGAAAUCGAGGAGUCUUAUUCGGGAUCUCACAACGAUAAUGAAUGGAGGCUCGUAGUAGACAGGAAAGUUCUGUAAUAAAGUAGUUUGAAGGUUGGCUCAAUCAUACAGUUGGAUUUACAGCAAGAAAUGGAUUGGCUGGGCAGCUCCGACUCAAUACUUACGGAGAAGAAACAAAUUGAUACUUCAUAGCUUUUGAAGUGAUAGUUUGAUUCAAUGGCGUGCGACAGAUGCAAAAUUGAAUAGUUGAUUAAUGAAUGUAAGAAAAUAGUGUGCGUGUUACUUCCAUUGUGUGGUUUGGACAAUAGUUAGGUUUGCUAUUGGUCAUGUGAAUUGACAACAUCUGGAAUGUAAGACAUAUCGUUUAGCGUUUUGAGAGCAAUCCAAAAAGAAGAAAGACGUUGAAAUUUUCCUUUUGGACUGACAUUUUGUUUAACCAUGGGGAAUAUUGAGAGUGUGGAUGGACAGUCGGAGAUGAAGCAUCACAUAAUGCCAUUGAAAGUCCCCAUGCCCGAUUCAAUGGAACUAGAGGAGAGAUUUGCAUUAGUUUUGAAUUCUAUGAACUUGCCUCCUGACAAAGCACGACUCCUGCGGCAGUAUGACAAUGAAAAGAAGUGGGAUCUCAUCUGUGACCAAGAACGCUUUCAGGUGAAGAACCCGCCACACACAUACAUCCAGAAGCUGCGGGGGUAUUUAGACCCGGGAGUCACACGCAAGAAAUUCCGCAGGCGGCUUCAGGAAUCCACCAAGGUCCUGAGGGAGCUGGAGAUUUCACUGAGGACCAACCAUAUAGGGUGGGUGAGAGAGUUCCUGAACGAUGAGAACCGAGGCUUGGACAUCCUGGUGCAGUACUUAUCCUUUGCACAGUGUGCUGUUAUGUUGGACUUUGAAGCGCUGGAGUUCGGCGAGGAGGGCACCCUGGACAAGGGCAAGUCCUGGAGCAGGUCCAUCGAGGAUCUGCACCAGAACGGCACGCAGCCGUUCUGCAACACGCUGGUGCGCUCGGCGCGUCAGUCCGUCCUGCGGUAUGGCACGACCACCAACAGCAAAACCAUCAAGAACUCCCGGCUGGUGAGCCAGAAGGACGACGUGCAUGUCUGCAUCAUGUGCUUACGAGCCAUCAUGAAUUAUCAGUAUGGCUUCAACCUGGUUAUGUCCCACCCCCACGCAGUCAACGAGAUUGCACUGAGUAUGAACAAUAAGAACUCCAGAACAAAGGCCCUGGUGCUGGAGCUGCUGGCUGCUGUGUGUUUGGUCCGAGGGGGGCAUGAGAUCAUCCUGUCUGCCUUCGACAACUUCAAAGAGGUGUGCAAAGAGAAGCAUCGUUUUGAGAAGCUGAUGGAGUACUUCCGCUGUGAGGAGGGUAACAUCGACUUCAUGGUGGCCUGCAUGCAGUUCAUCAACAUAGUGGUGCACUCGGUGGAGGACAUGAACUUUCGGGUUCACCUGCAGUACGAGUACACCAAGCUGGGCCUCGACGACUAUCUGGAGAAAUCGAAGCACACGGAGAGUGACAAGCUGUCGGUGCAGAUCCAGGCAUAUCUGGACAACGUGUUCGACGUGGGGGGACUGCUGGAGGAUGCCGAGACUAAGAAUGUUGCCCUGGAGAAAGUGGAGGAACUGGAAGACCAUCUGUCCCAUGUGACGGAGAAGCUUCUAGAGGUGGAGAAUGAGACCAUCAUGAAAGUGGCCGAUUUAGAGAAAACGCUCCUACAGAAAGACAAGGACCUCCAUGCUAUACGGGAGACGUACGAGUCGGCCAGCACCCAGGUGCACACCCUGCGACGCAUGAUGAAGGAGAAGGAGUCGGCUUUCCAGCGGCAGGCCAACAUCGAGAAGCGUCUGCUGGAGCUGGAGCAGCAGGGCACCAUCCGCCUGCGCAAGAAGCCCGACGGCGACAUCUCCAUCGAGGCCCUAGGCGCCGGGGGCGUGGGCUUGGCCGGAGGGGUAGGGGUCCCCUACUGUGAGCUGGGAGGUUCCCUCAGCGCUGCGCUCCCUGCACCGCCAGGCGAUGGCCUCAGCUCCAGCUCUGCUGCUCCCGUAGCGGAAGCAGCCCCACCGCCACCACCACCACCUCCACCGCCACCUCCACCACUUCCAGGGCCCAACUUUUUAAUCCCACCACCACCUCCUCCUCCUCUUUUCCUUGAUGCUUCACCAUCCAUGAUCCUCACGACCGGCCUAUCAGCUAUCAGGAUAAAGAAGCCUAUUAAGACCAAGUUCCGCCUACCUGUCUUCAACUGGACAGCACUGAAGCCCAAUCAGAUCAACGGCACUGUCUUCAAUGAGAUUGAUGAUGAGCGAGUGCUUGAGGAGCUGGAUCUGGAGAGGUUUGAGGAUCUCUUUAAGACCAAAGCUCAAGGCCCCGUGGUGGACUUGAUCAGUAAUAAGAGCAAGGUGUCCCAGAAGGUCAUCAAUAAGGUCACCCUGUUGGACUCCAACCGCUCCAAGAACCUGGCCAUCACGCUACGCAAGGCCCACAAGACUACAGAGGAGAUUUGCAAAGCUAUCCAGAUCUUCGACCUGAAAGCGCUGCCAGUGGACUUUGUGGAGUGUCUGAUGCGUUUCCUGCCCACGGAGACGGAGGUGAAGCUGAUGCGUCAGUACGAACGCGAGCGGCGGCCGCUGGACCAGCUGGCCGAGGAGGACCGCUUCAUGCUGCACUUCAGCAAAAUCGAGCGGCUCACGCAGAGGAUGAACAUCAUCACUUUUGUGGGCAACUUCUCUGACAACCUCAACAUGCUGAUGCCGCAACUCAAUGCUGUCAUUGCAGCCUCAGCAUCGGUCAAGUCAUCCCCCAAGUUAAAAAGAAUUCUUGAGAUCAUUUUAGCCUUGGGAAACUACAUGAACAGCAGCAAGCGAGGCUGUGUUUAUGGAUUUAAACUGCAAAGUUUGGAUUUGCUGCUGGACACUAAGUCUACAGACAGGAAGAUGACCCUGCUUCACUACAUUGCUCUCAUAGUAAAGGAAAGGUUCCCCGAGCUGUCUAACUUCUUCAAUGAGCUUCACUUUGUGGACAAAGCUGCUGCAGUAUCCUUGGAGAACGUCUUGAUAGACGUGCGGGAGCUGGGGAAGGGCAUGGAUUUGAUCAGGAGAGAGUGCAGUCUCCACGACCACGGCGUGCUGAAGAGCUUCCUGCAGACCAGUGAUACCCAGCUGGACAAGUUGCAGAAGGACGCCAAGACUGCAGAGGAGGCGUUUAAUAACGUGGUGCACUACUUUGGGGAGAGUCCCAAGACGACUCCACCAUCGGUGUUCUUCCCGGUGUUUGUACGCUUUCUCAGGGCCUACAAGGACGCUUUGGAUGAGAACGACCAGAGGAAGAAGCAGGAAGAGGCCAUGCGGGAGAAGCUCCUCGCCAAGGAGGCCAAGGAGCAAAACCCCAAGGCCCAGGCUCAGAAGAAGCGGCAUCAGCAGCACGAGGUGAUCGCCGAACUCCGCCGGCGGCAGGCCAAGGACCACAGGCCCGUCUACGAGGGCAAGGACGGCACCAUCGAGGACAUCAUCACAGAUCUCCGAAGCCAGCCCUUCCUGCGAGCUGACGCGGUGAUCCGGAAUGGGUGGAAGCGACCCUAAACGCCCUCUCUCCCUCCUCAUCCUUGCUUAACCCUCCCCCACCCCACCCAACCCCACCCCCUGGGUGAGCUCCCUCGACCCCAGCGUGCCCUUCUCCCCAAUGUUGCCUCUCCCUGCCGACUACACUGACUAAAAGAAGACAGAAGCAUUGUGAUGGGGUUUGUUUUUUUAAACGUGUUGGGGGUGCAUUUUUUUCAUUUAUUUAUUUAUGGGAUUAAAUUCCUUAAUGGACACUGCACUGGAGGCUCUCUCCCCAUCUGCUAACAAACAGGCUUAGACAAGCACAGACAGACUAUACUAUGGCUGGACGACCACCUUUCCUCCACACACACACACACACACACACACGGACACACACACACACACACACACACACACACACACACACACACACACACACACACAAGUCAAAGUGUGUCUUUAGAGUUUGCCAACACAGGAAAGAGGGCUUCUGUGGGAACUUUGUGAAUGAAGUACAUUUUGUAUCCCGAACGUCCAGAGGAACUGCCAACAAAAUAUCCAGAGACAGUGUGUCGACCCUGAAGUGCCUGCCAGCAAAGAUCCCAUUUCCACUAACAUGGAUAUCCUCAUAUUGUGCAAUCCAAGCAGAACCGUUUCUGUGUAUCGGAGGACAGUAAAGUCACAGUUGGGAGGAUGAGCAGCGAAAAACCCUAACCGAAGUAGUGACCCUGGAGACAUGUCUGCUCUCUCACUAAGGGACUACAGGGACAGCAGCCUUGCAUGGGAAAUCCUGAUUGGUUUAUAGUAUGGGCUAAGCUAGUCAAACCAAACAUCCUUUUGUUAGUCAGUUGUCCUAUUCUUAAGAGAAAAAAAAAGAAGUGCCUUGUUAUUGUGACAGUAUUAUUUCUUAUUUUGUUUGUUUAAGUCUGGUUAAAAAUACAUGUUAUUUUUAUGUGCUUUGUAUAAUAACAUUGCUUUAAGUGCUGUACAUACUAUAUGCAAGUUUGGAAGUUGAGUAGCAGCUUUAAUUAGACAAAAUGUGCAUUCCUAUGAUGAAUUUUAAGUCUUAAUUAAAGGGCAUAAUUAUGUGCAUAGCGAGAGAUGACAUGUAAACUCUGACUUUUAUCAAAUGUCAGAUGGGGACGGAGGAAGACUCAUGCACAUGUCCCCUGUCAGAUCAACUCUAUUGCCUGAGCACAGACAAACCUGAAACUUUGGGCCUUUACCGGUCCAUGCCAGUCUUCAGCUAUUCCCCGUGUCCUUUCCUUCACAGACUUCCACAACAGUGUCUUUUCAUUCCCCUCAAUAUGAGGUUAACCCUUUCGAACUCAAAAUGUUCCAAGCAUAAUCAGAUUUUAAAAGGUGAUCUAAUGAACUGUAGAACUGAUAAUGUUUGUUUUCUGUUGCUUUUGACAGUUGAGGAUUCACAAAGGAGGAUUGCUUGGCAAGUCAAUGAUUUGCUAAGAGCUGAUUGCCCAUAAGAGCCUAUCACUUUACAUACCCAUUUUACAGAUAUGUACUGUAUCACAAUCAGUACUAAAGUUAUGACAUGCUAAACAAGGCCAGUCUUCCAUUUUUAAACAUCUCAGUGAGAGGCUUUGGUGAUGCUCUCCAUUAAGUGUCUCCUGGACCUACCCCUGAUGGAGAAUAUAUAAGCUGUCACUGUUCUCCCAUUGGUUGCCUUCAGUCAGGAAACAGAAGCGGAUGAAAGUUAGUGUAGGGGUAAUUCUAUAUUCAGGCUAGGUCGAGCACCUUGCUGGAACCAAGAGUAUACAUCACUUCUCUAGGUCAAAUUUCAAGUCCCAAUUUCAACCCUUAACACAACCAUAGGAUAAGCAAAAUGAUUGUGCUCCCUAUAGACCGUAUUUGCCAAUGGCAUUUUAUUAAAAAGGGACAUCACACUACUUGUAUUGCCUUAAUGUUUUGGACAAACAGAAGUAUAUGCAACACUACCCUGAUGGUAGGGAAUUUUUAGACAUGUAUCUUUUUUUCUUGUUAAUUCGUAUGAGAAUUUGGAAAAAACGUUUUUUUUUUUUUCUCUCAGAGAAGAUAAAAUUGAGCCUGAUAUGUGUUGCAUGUUAUCUUGGAGAUGACAAUAAAACUCAACUGAACAAUGUA